AUGUCCGCCGUUGAAGUGCUCGAGCCAUCGCUCUCACUCUCGCGCACGAACUCCAAGAAAGAUUUCGCCGAGGACGCCCUCGACGCCCCGCCCGUCCUCGACUCCCAGGAGCCCGCUCCAGCUAUCUCCUCGCGCCCACCGCUCGACUACUCGUCAGCGAGUGCGUUGGUGGCUAGUCUGUGGCAUCGCUUUGAGAGCCUGUGGACGAAGCGCUUCGUUCUCUCGCUCCUUGCUGGGCAGCUGGUAUCGCUGUGCAUCACCUGCACGAACGUUACGACGACAGAGCUCGUCGAUCGGAACUGGUCCCUUCCGACGACGCAGACGUGGUUCCUGUACUUUUCUAUCUUCAUUGUUUACACGCCGUAUACGAUAUAUCAAUAUGGGUUCAAGGGGUGGCUGAAGAUGAUUUAUAAAGACGGCUGGAGAUAUAUCAUUCUGGGUGCAUGUGAUGUCGAGGGAAACUUCCUGGCCGUAAAGGCGUACAACUAUACUACCCUCCUCUCGUGCGAGCUCCUCGACGCCUGGGCGAUCCCAUCCUGUAUUUUCUUCUCGUGGGUGUACAUGCGUCCAAAAUACAAAUGGUCGCAGGUCCUUGGUGUGCUCGUCUGCAUCGGCGGGCUGGGAAUGCUCGUCGCCUCAGACGAACUCACCGACAAGGACUGGCACGCACUCAGCCGUGCCAAGGGCGAUGCGUUCAUGAUUGUUGGCGCAACAUUGUACGGAUUCACGAACGCAACGGAAGAAUUCUUUGUGCGCCAGUCUCCGCUAUAUGAGGUUGUGGGCCAGCUAGGUAUGUGGGGUAUGAUUAUCAACGGCAUCCAAGCUGCCGGCCUCGAACAUAAGCAAAUUCGCGAGGCAAACUGGGACGGAAAGAACAUUGGAAUUCUUGUCGCGUACACGGCAUCGAUGUUCAUCUUGUACACUGUCGCGCCGAUGCUCUAUCGUAUGGCGUCGUCCGCAUACUACAACCUAAGCAUCCUCUCAAGUGACUUUUACGGGCUUCUCUUUGGACUCUUCCUCUUCCACUAUCAGCCAUACUGGCUGUACUUCCCCGCCUUCGCUGUGGUCAUCGUUGGGUUGAUCAUCUACUUCUGGAGCUCACCACCCGAGGCGCAGGGUAAGAUCGAGCCUCGUGCUCCAAAGUAUGUAGAGAAGAGGGGCGACCCGUUGCAUUUCGUCGCAGGGCAGGUGUAA